GAAGAAGGGUUGGCGUUCUUGAAGCGGACCUCGGACCUCGGACCCUGCGCCGGUCUAGAACUUUCUGUUUGGCUCACACGGCCCCCGGACCGAAGGAUGGACGCCCGAGCUGCUUGGCUCGCCCUCGUAACGUGUUGCGGGGCAGAGACAUUUCCCAAUGCAGGGGAAGGGAUGGCGGUCACGGUUGCAGGGCACUGGCACUUUGCUUGGAUCGAGAAAUAGGUUGUUGUAGAGGCGUUCGAGUCGAAUUCCUCGUGAGAAGAAGAGUGAAAAUGCGGUGAGGUGAGAUGAUCUGAUCUGAAUAGCAGGGCGGAGCGAUCUUCUUUGGAGAGGAAUGACGAGGAGAGGUGAUCGACAUCCAGGAGAAUAUGAAUCUGAAAGGGGUGCGCGGAAACGUGGAUCAUUAUGGGACGGUGUGCUUGUAGGCGUGCGGGCGUCGGCGAUGGAUGGAUUUGCGGUGGGUUUCGGACCCGGGGCUUAGUGCAAGUGAGGAGUAGGAUAGACAGGACAGACCAGGCGGUAGGAAGAAGCUCGACGGAAGAGUGGAGAGGGAGGAAUGAGGAGGUGGUCCGAUGAGUCUCACAACAGGGAACUUGGAUGCCUGUGCUGCCCAGAUGGCGAGUUGGCAGCCGUUUGCAGGUGGCCCGGUAGAGAUGGUCGAAGGGAAUGUGGGCAGAGCAGGACCAGCGAGAGAGGAAUCUUUUCACCCGGACGUUGUAGGGCAUCCAAGCAUCCCGAGGUGUAAUUCUGGUACUUCGGCGAUUGGUCAAGGCGCGUUUGAUCCUUCACGCCUUGGAGUCCAACUCAGUGGGCGCAGCGUUAGCUGUCCUAGUCUGAAUCUGAAGAGUGGAGAGGUUGCUUGUGCGGAUAAUUUAGCUCUGUUUCCCUGCAGGGAUGUUGCUGUGUCGGCUUCCAGCGGGCAACAUUUUGGGUCGGCAGUUUGUGUUCCAUCACGAGGCAUAACUUGGGGGGAUACCAGCUCGGCGUCACUGGCGAAAUGCUACUCACUGCCAGCAGUUCAGGAGUCACGGUGGGAUGUGUUUUCUGCCAAUUGCAUGUGCACCAUCUCCUCCUCCAGGUUAAGCAUGAUGCAUGAAGGAAGGAAAAGGGUGCGCAGGUGGAGCAAACGGAAGAAACAAAUGUCACACGCCUUUCUCAGAAGCUUAUGGAGGUGGAAGGAAGGCGUUCAUGCUCGGAAGAGAAGAAAACGAGCAGUUGUGGGAUCCUGUUCAGGUUCAGGAGCGAGGAGUUACACCUCCGACCCUCCCACGGUUGGAGCCGCUUCCUCGGGCAAUCCGAAGUCUGUAAUAGGAACAGACUCUAGUGGGGAACUUUUUUUCAGUGUGGUUGGCAACCAAAUAAGUUGGGGCGCCGAUAUCAUCGCAUCCGCAGCGUCAUCAGAAUCAGGUUUCUGCACCGGGAAUACCGAGGUGAGAGAUAUGGGUUCAGAUCACCCGCUUCCUUGCUGGUUCAGUAAUCACAGUGAUGGUGCCCUCAGCACGGAAUCGGGGUAUAACAGCGAACCUGGGUAUAGCGCCGACAGCGAACUCAACUGCACGGAUGACGGAUUGGUCGAUGAUGAUGACGAGGAGGAGAAGCAUCCUAUGCAUUUGGUAGUCUGGAAGGAUACGGCACCUAGAAAGCCUUUCCACCGUGUGGAUAAGGGUCAAGUGAGGGAAGGUGGGGGUAGCAUCAGCGAUGCUCUAGACGUUGUCAGAUUAUGCGACCUUUUGACAUCCGUGUCAUUGCGAGCCCCAAAAGCCAAACAAUGCGUGGUGGAACUUUUUUAUGGAAAGAAUCAUAGAAUCCGAAGAUUACAGCCACGACUACGACAGACAAGGCGACCAUGGAGACAACCUGAUUUGUUCAAGAGUACCAGAUAAUGCGGACUCGUGGUGAUCCGCGUCAUGUUGAUUGGGCCUUUUCUAUGGUAUAUGUUAUUCAGAGUCACAAAGAUAUCGCACCUGAUGUCCUUUGCAAGGUUCCUUGUUUUAUUUCUCUGUGAUAUCCAUGUUACCUGCCGUCCAUGUACGGGGUGUAGAUAAUAUAACAAGAAUCUUGAGGUUUGGAAGGGCUUUCAGUUACGGAAUGACAGGUGUAUAGUUAGAAGCAAAAUUGUUGAGGUUUGGAAGGGCGUCCAGUGUAGGAUCUUUGAAUUGCAACCUCAAGCAGUUUGUUCAGUUUUUCACUUCAUGUUGAUGGAAUUGUGAGCUGGGAGUUAUCUUAAAGAAAUUACAGGAUUUUGCAGCAAUGCGUGCAUCACGC